AUGUUUGAUACUCUUGGACUCAUUUGUAUGAUUUUGUGGUGUAUGACGCUAUUUCAUCCCUUGCAUGCUGACAUCCAGUGUAUGGAGUCAGACACACAGGAAUCACCUAUUACAAAUGUGAAUGUGAACUGGAGAAAAAUGGAACUGUCCUGGGAGAGCAGCAGAAAUUUCUCUGAGUACAGAUGUAUCAUCAUGGACAGAGGCAUGGAAUAUAUAGACACAGAGGUGGAUAGUCCACUAUGCAGCUUUCCAGUGGAACUAUACAUGCCUAUGCACAAAGGGCUAACCUUUGUCAUUGAAGUGCCAAACACAAACAUCUCAAAACAAUGCAGCUUUCUCCCUGGAGGCAUGAAGGGCUCAGCCAUUGAAAACUUCUCCUGUGUGAUUUAUAACAUCUUCCUCAUGAACUGCACUUGGCAGGCAGGAAGGGAUGCUCCAGCAGACACACAGUAUUUUCUCUACUGGCAGAAUUCAAAAGAUGAAGAAGAGAUGGAAUGUGAGCUUUACAUUAAAGAUGAAAAUUGCAGAAAUGUGGGAUGUAUCUUCCAAAACGUGAGCAUAGGGAUUGAAAAAGCUUACUUCCUGGUGAAUGGGUCUAGCAAAGACUCCCUGAUCCAGUUCUAUGAUGAGUACAUUGACCUGUAUAAAAUUGAAAUACUCACUGCUCCAUUAAAUGUCACUGCCCAUUGUACCAGAGAUCCUAUGGGUUGCAUAAUUAUGUGGCAUCCACCCCUUACAAGUCAUGUGGAAAACACAAAGUGUUUUCAGUAUGAAAUUAGCAUACAAAAUAAGGAUGAGCCCACAGAAGAGAAAAAGCUUCCUCGUGUAAGGAGUGACAGAUAUGAAUUCCAAAAUUACAAUGAGAAAAAAAGAUACACUCUGAAAAUCAGAGCACGUGGGAAAAACUGUCUUGUAAACUCAAACUGGGGGGAAUGGAGUGAACCCAUUGAGUUUGGUCAAGGGAAAGAUUACUUUAUUUUUGUGAUUUUAUUUCUGAUUGCACUUGGAACAAUCUCAAUUACGCUUCUCCUGUAUUGUCUUUUCAAAAGGUACUGCAGUUUCAAGAACCUAUUUCCUCCCACACCACAACCAAGAGACAAAUUCAGUGCAUUAGCUGAUGAAGAUAUCCAGACAGAAUAUGUAAAUCUAACAACAAAAAGUCAUACUGAGAAAAUAACUACAAUUGAAGAAUGA